CAUUAUACUCAAGACGGUGUUGACCUCGUGGUGAAGGGACCUUCUGGUGAGCAGAUUCACGAUUUUCGUGACAAGACAAGUGAGAAGUUUGAUUUUGUCACUCGUCACAAAGGAGUCCAUCAGUUCUGCUUCACCAACAAGUCACCUUAUCAUGAAACCAUAGACUUCGAUAUACACGUUAGCCAUUUUACGUACUAUGAUCAACAUGCAAAAGAUGAGCAUUUUAACCCAUUGUUAGAGCAGGUAUCAAAGUUAGAGGAAGCUCUUUACAACAUUCAGUUUGAGCAGCAUUGGCUCGAGGCUCAGACCGAACGCCAGGCAAUAGUAAACGAAGCAAUGAGCCGGAGGGCAAUCCACAAGGCCUUCUUUGAAUCAGCAGCACUUGUUGGUGCCAGCGCUCUCCAAGUUUACCUUCUUCGCCGCCUCUUUGAACGAAAGCUUGGGGUGACCAGAGUCUGAACUUGUCUCAGCCAGAGAUAUUACCAAUAGAAGAGCUUUACACUUAACUGUUAUUCCCCCAAGCUUCUGUUUUUUUAAUUUCUAUUUUAUCCCGCAGGAAUAAAUCAUGUAUAGAAAACCAUCACUUUGGAAGCUCUAAGCCAUCUCAUUGUUUCUUGUGGAAUCCCUUCGAGUCUCAAAAUUCUUUUCUUCUUUUUGGGGGCUAGGGGGAAAUUCUUUGAAUA